AUGACGGUGCUUACAAAUGGCUCGUUCCGACGCGAUAUCUGGAUACCGGACAACGCAACGGAGUCGUGUCCAACGCAAGACGACUACUUUGGGCUCGCUGCGCGGCUCGGACACGUGCGCAUAGGCAGCUACGCCGCGGCGGAACUGCUCAACUUCACCGAGUGCAGAGCCACGACGUUCCGGCCGUCGGGUGGUGAUGAUGGCCAAGCGGAGGCCAGCGCUCGGAUCCGCACCGGCCAACGGAAUUCAUCGAGCACGUACUCACUGCUGAAGGAGCAUGUACAAAUGGCGCUCCGGGCGGGGCUGAAGGUGGUCCUCAACCCGCUCCACCUCGUGUGGAGUUUGGACAUCAAUGAGCAGACGCUGCGCUGGGUGUGGGCCACCGUGCUGGAGGAUUUCCCGCUGGACGAGUUCCCGGCGGACAAGAUGGGCCGACGCUGCGACCGCGAGCCCAGCAUGCCCUGGUAUUUGAGUAGCAGCGAGGGGCUCCUCCUGGACGCCGAGGCGCUAAACCAGUUCGUGUCGUGGCCACAUCCCGUUGCCGCUACGUUCCACUACUACGACCCGAGAAGCUUUACCGCGCACACGGGCGUGAUCGACGAGACCUGGGAAGUCGAGGAAAGCGCGGACAUGAUUCACGAGAAAUUCGCUUCCAUCCGAGCCGCGAUCAAACUCCCUGUCUAUUUGGGCGAGACGGGCGUGAAUAUAGACUUCGUGCACAAAGAUCACGCAGUCGACUGGAUUCUCACGGUUCGCGAUGCCGCCGAGAGAAACCAGUUUCAGUGGGCUUACUGGGUCUAUCAAACGGGCCUGAAGCGAGCCGUCACCCACUUCGAGCCGGAGACGCGUCUUCGCGAGUGGGACUGCAGCCCGAUGCUAACAGCCUUAUUUGGCCGACAGCUAAACACCACCUCGGAGUCCGACUGCCCUGACCGCAACGAGCAGGUUCCUUUCGUUCCCCCAACUGGGGUGUGUGAUGAUAUGGCGCCUGGGCUGAGGACACAGUAUGUGUCGGAGCCGUCCGUCUUUCUGCCCGCCCGCCCGUGGGCUAAGACCUGUGUCGAUGACGAAUGA